AUGGCCGCAGAAGCAUCAACAACCCCAGUAUCCGAGCCUUUGGCUCCCACUCAGAAGCUAUCUAUCCUCCACGGACCCCGCGAUCCUCCUCUGGUUGACCUCAGUCUCGGCGAGCUGCUGGAGCUCCAGACCUACCAACACGGCACCAAGGAAUGCUUGGUGAUUCCUUGGACCGGUGCACGUUGGACCUACAAUGAGCUCAACCAGCAGAGCUUGCUGCUCGCGCAGGCCCUACUCGAGAUGGGCAUCAAGGCCGGUGACAGAGUCGGUGUUAUGGCAGGCAACUGCGAGCAAUACGCCGCCAUCUUCUUUGCAGUCUCUAGAAUCGGUGCUAUUCUCGUUAUUCUGAACAACACGUACACUCCCAGCGAGGCCAUGUACGCUGUUGAGUUCUCAGAAUGCAAGAUUCUCUUCACCACCAAGCAGAUUGGCAGACUCGACAACACCAAGUUCUUGAGCCAAAUAGCGAACAAGAUCAACGGGCCCAAGAUUGUCAUGAUUCGGGGCGACACGAGCGGAUAUCAGACAUACGACGACCUCAUCAAGUCGAGCUCAAGGCAGAGCCCGAGAGAGCUUCACCUGGCCAUGAGCAAGGUGGUGCCGCAUCAAGUAUGCAACCUCCAGUUCACCAGUGGUACCACUGGCCGUCCCAAGGCCGCCAUGCUUACCCAUCACAACGUCGUUAACAACGCUCGUUUCAUUGGUGAUCGCAUGCGCCUCACCCCGGACGACGUGCUGUGCUGCCCUCCCCCUCUGUUCCACUGCUUCGGUCUUGUCCUCGGCCUCUUGUCUGUCAUCACGCACGGUGCCAAGAUUGUUUACCCCGCGGAAGUUUUCGACACCAAGGCGACACUCAAGGCCAUUCUCGAGGAGGACUGCACAGCACUCCACGGCGUGCCUGCCAUGUUCGAUUCCCUGUUCCAGGCAGCACCUGAUGACUUCAAGUCAUCCAAGAUCCGCACCGGAAUUGUGGCCGGCGCCCCUGUCCCCAGAUAUCUGAUGGAGUUGAUGGUCAACCGUCUCGGUAUGAGAGAGUUCACCAGCAGUUACGGUCUGACCGAGGCAUCGCCUACCUGCUUCAACGCCUUCACCGACGAUGCCUUGGGUAAGAGACUGACCACCGUCGGUACGCUCAUGCCCCAUGCCUCGGCCAAGAUUGUCGACAGAGACGGCAACGUUGUGCCCAUGGGCCAGCGCGGAGAGCUUUGCAUGGCCGGGUACCAGCUGCAGGCUGGCUACUGGAAUAACUCGGAGAAGACCAACGAGGUCAUGGUCCGUGACUCUGCAGGUGUCUUGUGGCUGCACACUGGUGACGAGGCCGUCUUUGACGACGCCGGAUACUGCUCAAUCACCGGCCGCUUCAAGGACAUCAUCAUCCGAGGUGGCGAGAACAUCUACCCGCUCGAGAUUGAAGAGCGCCUCAUGGCCCAUCCGUCCAUCUCCCAGGCCAUCGUCGUCGGCCUCAAGGACGAGCACUACGGCGAGGUCGUCGGUGCCUUUGUGCAGCGCGCCGAGAACGCGGACAAGCCUUCAUUCCAGGAGCUCAAGGACUGGGUCCGCCAGCGCCUCGGCGGCCACAAGAGCCCUGCGCACAUUUUCUGGCUCGGUGAGGACGGCGUGCCGGCCAACGUGCCCCUCACGGGCAGCGGCAAGGUGCGCAAGUUUGAGAUUGCCAAGGUGGGCGACGAGAUUCUCAAGAAGAGCAGAACCGUCUCUGCCAAGUUGUAA